ACUGAUCUAUAUAGGUCGCUCUGAUCUGUGGAUCUUGUUCUAGUGGUACGAGUAGUUGGCCAUACUGCAUGUGGAAUGCGACCGACCUGUCCCACAAGGUUAAUUAGAGAACUAUCGGAAUAUGGGUCUUCAGGAUACCAGAAGAAAAACAUAGACUAAAAUGGCAGACAUCGAUAAAAAGGAAAUUUGGGAGAUAUACAAUGAGAGACCGGGUCUUUUCCAGAUAUCUCUAACUGCAUCACAAAAUCCACCAGCUCAACAAAUCAAACAUAGAAUGAUAGCGUCAGGAAAACUCAUCCGUUGUUUUCCUGAAGGAUUCACACAUAGGGCCGCUCAGAACCUUCUCGGGGUUCUUUAUUUUUACAACGGACAAUUUUACCAGGCUGUCAAAACGUUUGAAAAAGCACUGCAACUUCAGCCCGAUUCCUUAACUGCCAUGGCUAAUAUUGCAUUUGUCUAUCAACGAAUGAAACAAAACACAAAAGUAACCAAAUAUCGAGCUAGACUUGCAGAGGUGAAAGAAAAUGACCAAGAGAGAAAAGGAAUAGCUUUGGCGGAACAAGCAUUUGCAUUUCUGUUUGAUUGUUAUAUGGAAAAGGAUGCAUUAGAGAGAAACAAACUGCCGAAAGAACUUUUUGUCCAAAGUCUGAAAAUGCUAGAAAACUGUGAACACCAUCAGACUAUGAUCACAGAAAUUAAAUAUUGGUUAGGUCAAGUAUAUUUACGUCUUUUUUCAAGUUGCCACAGACGAAAAGAUAUGGAGGAUAUAGAAAGAGAAUAUUACAUGAAAGGCGUUAAAGAGCUAGUCGAAAUUACCAAAAUAGAUCAUAGCAAUGUAAAACUGUACAUACGACGGGAAGUUAUAUCUACGUCAUGGGCCUUCCUAGGGUUGUUUCUCAUACGUAGAGGUUCAAUACUAGACGAAUCGGGGAAUUAUAAGAGGAAAACAAUUGAUCAAAUGGAUGAAAAAAUAAAAGCCCUCUUGCAAGACUUGGAGUUGGUACAAUACUUGGAUGAUCCCGAAAAGUGCUUUCAAAUAGGACUAGAGCAGGCCAGUACUAGUGUUACUGACUCGGAGAAAAGCUGCGAACCACGUAUAGCUACAGAAUUAUUAAUUCGGUAUGCAAUAUUCUUGAAAACAGAAGAAAGGUGGGAAGAAGCUCUUAAAAAGCUAAACGAAGCAUUAGAGAUAGACAAUACUGAAGCUAAUUGGUUUGCUUUAACAGUGAAAGCUGAGGUUUUGGACAAUUUGGGGCGAAUUGACGAAGCGAUUGAAGAUCGUAAACGAGCAAUUUCCUGGAAUACAACUUCAAGAGAUAUUUGUGAUUUGGCUAAGGCAUAUCAAAAGAAAUAUAUGUCAUGUGAAGACAAGAACAGCGAGAUAGCUGAAGAGUUCCUUCUGAAUGCAUCCGAUUGCUUUACACGGGCGGUCCAAUUACUUAAACAAGAAAAAAGACCAGAAAUUCACUGUGCACAGGGGAUAUUCUUGCGAGAAAUAGGAGAAAUCAAAGAGGCUAUAGAAUGUUUUAAACGGGCAGUGGAGGUUGAUACUGCUACCAAGUCAAGAAUAAGCUUUCGUCACCUGUUUGAAUCCCUUCUUUUAUAUUACAGGGAAAGUCGAGAUAGUGAGAAGGGGAAAAUAAUGCAUGAAAUGGCAUAUUUCUACGACGUGACCUCGCGCAAACACGGAGAAUUAACAAAAGAAACCGAAAAAUUCCUGACGGACUAUGAAGAAGAAAUGGCCACUCUAACAGCGUACUUUCAACAUUAUAGACAACAGCCAUCAUUAUACAGUAAUGGAAAAACAAUGUCUGAUAUCAUUACGUCAGUGGUUAAAGAAGAUGCUAUUGAAAAAUGGCGUGUUACGGUCGAGGAAAAGGAAAAGUAUUUUAGAAGUCAAGAAGAAACGAAACUUGCCAAAAAGAAGAAAGAAGUUCUGUGUUCGAGGUGUAAAGGUCCCGUGAUCGAGCGACAACUCUCGGUUUUUCCCGACCCUCGUGAGAAACCCCGAAGUCUGAAGUACCCGUAUGACUUCUAUGUGAUAUUUUCUCCGACGGACAGAGAUUGGGUGUGUCAUAUUCUAUUAGAAACGUUGGAAGUGUCAUAUGGCUACAAAGGAGCAAUUGCAGAAAGAGACAUAAGACUGGGCUCAACUGAUAUUUACCAACGUGUAAAUCUUAUUCAGAAUUGUUCUAAAAUUCUUGUGAUUCUCAGCCAGAAGUUUGAAGGAAAUCCCGAGUGUGAUUAUGAGUUGUCUCAUGCCUUGAAAAGAAAGCAUGAAGAAAAUUUGGAAAAUGUCCUGAUUCCAAUUCUUCGUAAUGUGGACGGACUUCAUCAGAGCUUAAGAACAAUAACUUUUCUGGAUGCGGUGGAUGAUUGUGAUUGGAACAAACUAAUCAAUGCACUCGAGGCAAAGCCAUGAUGUUUUCCAGGUUGAAAAACAAGUCCGAGGUAGACAUUGUUUAUCAUAUGAACGACUAGUUUUUUUUUCAGUGAUCGGUAAACGAAACUACUGAUGUUUAUUGUUUAUUUUGUUUUACUUAUUUUUAUGGUUUGGGGUCUAAGUUUAAUUAAAUGCUGUUUGAAAAUAACAUUCUGUAUCAUUUCUAUGCUUGGAAAAGAAUACAUGUACUUUUGUUUUGGAUUUCUGGGCCAGUGAACUUUGUCGGUAGAGCAAAUCACAUUUUUUU